GGCAUUUUGUUUGUUGAUUUCCUUUGCGCUGUGAAGAGUAUAAAAAACCCUGUAAAAAAUGUCGCAAUUAGAACGAAAUAUGCAAAAGCAGCUCUUGGGUACACCUCGAGAGUCGCGCGAGUCACCAGGACAGCGAUAUAGUAACCCAAGCGCCAACAGCACGCGUAAAUCUUUUAUGUCAUUUUUUGGCGGCAACGGAAAUGAUGGAUUUUCCCCAGGAAGCCUAAAGAAGAGCGGCCUGAGUAACAGUCGUCUCAGCUUAUCGAUACGCUCGAAUCAGUCAAUAUCGGGCAUUAAAUCUGACUAUAAUGUGGUGGAGAGCUUUGGUAGUCCGUUGCCUGUGGCAGUCAAUGAGGCGCUGACCUUCAAGGAGGGAUCCUGCAACGUGUCAGCCAAGUGUGCACAGAAUGGCUGGGCGUGGGUUGUACAAGGGCGCCGCCUGUUAAUUUGGCAGUACAAAGAGUCGUCACAAGGCAUCAAGACAGGCUCACCCCCUCGGAGCCUUAAACCACAGAGACGAGGUGGUUCCUUAGCACAAUGUCGGGAGUUGACUCUGCCACACAGCGAUAUUGGCCACAAAAGCUCUCUGGUCAGUGUUUUCCAGACAGAGGGUCAACAAAUGGCCUCCUGUAUUGCUGUCUCUGCGCCCGGCGAUGUGCGCUUUUGGGUAUCCAUUGCCCAUGAUGGCAACUCUGUGGACCUUACAAAUAUUCUUGAUGGUCAGGAGUUUGUGCAGCUGCUGAAUCUUCCCGCACAAAACGGAUAUUUGGCCGUCACCACAACCUGCAAUUUGGUGUUCUUACGCGUUUGUCUGACCAAUGGACGGUAUACGUUGCAUCACAAAGCCAUCAAGCCGGCCACCAGUUUUCUAGGUGGUUUUGGCAAGAAGUUUGCAUCAAUAUUAAUAGGCAUGAACAACAGUGGCGAGAAGGAUCAGCUUCUUGUGGGCAUGUGCAGUGAAAGCAACUCAAAUGAUGGACAAACAAUUGUGGCCGUGCUCUCGGAUCGUUCGCUGCAACGUUGGUGCUUAUCAAAUAAGGGCAGCACCGAGCAGCUGAUUUACGAGGAUGUACAGUUGGUGGACACAAUACGCAAAGAGUUUCAACAAAAGUUCUGGAAUGUACGCCUGUCCCCUGAUAAUGUGGAAAUUGAAAUGCAUUUGCUCGAUUUUCAUGUGUUCAAGGGCAAGGCUUACAUCCUGGCAGGGGCAGUGAAUGCAGCACAUGCUCCACAAAUGUGUUACGCUGUUGUUAUGGCAACAGCCGAUACGGAUUGCAUGCGCUUGGAAUCUUUUACGCCGCUUAAACUGAACAAAUUUUAUAUGGCCAAUACCAUGCAGGAUUGCCUGAGCUUGCGCUUUAUUGUCAGCAGCACGCAUAUUUAUUUGUAUACCUCGAAAGUGGUCUACCCAUUGCAUUUAUUAAAUACUGCCCCCACGGGUGAACCUGAGGCAGAAAAGGUCGAAUUCCAUCAGCUAGAUGAUCGCAUUCUCUGCGCUGCCAUCUGCAAUCACAUACCACUGUUCCUUAGUCGCACUCACGGCCUCGUUUCAAUAACUCCUGGCGACUUUGACAGCACCGAAGUGUUGAAUAUGAGCACUUGUAAUACACCGGACCUUUUUGCGCCUGCCUCAUUUUAUGUCUCUUCCAAUUUGCACGAGCAAAGCACGCUGAGCGGAAGCUGUAACAAACUGAAUAUAUUUGAGCUCGAUCCUGACGAUGUUUACAGUGAAAUGGGCGACGAGGUGUGCCAUUUAAAGGCUGCUUUUCUUUACAGUUUAAAGCGUAACAACAAGAUGGCCAAUACGGUUAUCAAUGAGCUGAAUCGUCGGUUCUCAGAAUCAGAUCCAGAUGGCACCCCAGUGGAUGCAUAUAAGCUAGACAGGGCUGUUAUAGGUAUUGCCGAAGAUCUGGCCGAAGAUUUGCCCAUUUUUGAUCCGCGCUGGGAGGAUGCAUGCCAGGAUCAUGACAUCAAUAGGCAUGGCUUAGGAAGUUCGCGUUCCAUGCAAAUUAUAACUCAGUUGCGGGACAAGAGCACUGCCUUACAGCAUUUUAUCGAAUUUCUACACUCCAAUGGUUUCUGGGAUAAAUUGAAUGUCUUACCGAAUGGCUCCAAUAUGGCCAAGCCCACUUGUUAUAUUCUUGCGGACAUUAGUGAAAAAAUAGUUGCUGCUAUAGCUCUGCGUACUAUCCAAAGUAAAAUGCCCAAACCGAUUGAUGCGGUAAUUGAAGCCACAGUUGCCCAAUGGGAUGAGAAGCCGCAGGGCAGUCUCACCGUCCAAGACAUCUUUUACGUCAAGCUGUGCAAGUUUCAACACAUAUUCGAAGCAUUCGUGGAUGUUGCAGAUGAGUGUGUUGCGACUCAGGAACAAACCACAGCCACUGUGGCUCAAUUUAUUUUGGACAUCAACUCCAUUGUGCUGCACAUUUUGGGGGAAGUGCUGAAGUAUCGUGAGCAGAAUGCUGGAUUUUUUAUGCCGGCCAGCAAUAAAGUAGAUUCAUAUGAAAAUCUGCCCUGGACAGCGGUUUCUGGCCGUGUAGGCGCGCGUGACUCGCUCACGCGCCUUAUCGAUAUAACCUUACGCUAUGCCGCCCACUCUGUCAAUGAAAUCAAUCUGAAGCAGAAUAUGUACCAGCAAAUGGUAGAAUUAACAGACAUAGUGCUGGAUGGACGUAAGAACUAUUUGGAAAGCGUGCGUGACGUGGAAAAAUACAAUGUGCUGCAGCAGCAGUUCGAAGCGCAUCGCAAUGAACUCAUAUCUAUACUAAUUAAGGACAAGCAGUAUGAGUAUGCCGCCAAGUUGGCUGAAAAGUUUCUGGAUUUCCAAAGUCUGGUUAUAAUUUGUGAUGAGACCAACGAUAAAGAACGCCUCGAGGAUUAUACACGGAAAUUUGAGGAUUUUGAUUUUUCACAAUUCGCCAUCAACUGGCAUUUGCGUCAGAAACGGCCUGGUGAAGUGUUUGAGCGCUUCAAAGGCAACCAGUCCGCAUUGGCGCAAUUCAUGCGGGACCAUCCGUCCUUGGGAUGGAUACAGCUCAUGUUCAACGGAGAUUUCGAGCGUGCGGGCAGGGUGUUAUUCGAGUUGGGCCAAAAUGAAACCGAAUUUGCGGCCCGCAAGAAGUCGAUGCUGGCCCUGGCCAAGCUAGCUGUCUUGGCAGCUGCUGAUCCAAACUUGACGCCGCAGAUAGACCAAAUAAAUGCAGACCUAUUGAUCAUUGAAUACCAGGAGCAUUUAGGUCAUGAUGUAUUGCAAAGCUUCGGAUUCGAUGCUACCGAUCAAAAGGUCCUUAAAGUCGAGGAAAUUAUCAAUCUUUAUAUAACGGAGGAAAAUGAAACUGCCAACGAAUUUGAUUUCCGCAAGGCGCUGGAGUUGCUUAACUUUGUGGAUCAGCCCUACGAUAUGCGGCACAAGGUCUGGUGUGCGGCGAUAAAACGCGAUAAUUGGUCUGACUAUGAUCCCAACAAUGCAGUGGAUUAUAUGCAACAGUUGUUGUUCUUUAAAGUCAUCAAGGUAUCCAAGUCCUUGGGUCAGGACUCCGAUAGUUUUUUGCCACCCAUAGAAGACUUCUUAGAUAGCUCCGAAUUGGGUAAUCUGCCGCAACAAAAAUCAUUUCAGUAUUUACUGAAACUAACCUAUGAAUAUGUGGCCGACUUGUUUAAACAGCCCGAUGAAUCAAUGGAAAUGUAAAUGCUAAGAUUGAUUAUAUUUGUAUGAUUAAAGUUUAUGUUAAUGUUAAUUCAAGACUA